AUGACGGCUGGACAAACAAAUGGAAAUAAACCGACGCGAUUAAAUGGUUUACUUUACGAGAUGGCAGCGCAUAUACUUCAUCAACUGUAUACGUGUCACCGUCAUGAUGGCCUCCCAGCUAUGAGAUGGCCCGAGCAUCUGCCGUUUCUUGCUAGCGAUGAGCUAGUUCAGGCCAUUAAUCAACUUUUUCACAUGGUUCAACUAGAAGAGCACGCGAUCUACAUUGCUCUCUUCUUUGCUCGAAUGUUAGCACAAAUGAAUGCAUUGACUAAGGCUGAUUUCGGCUCAGUAACUCGCUUUAUUACGAUUGCUGUUAUUUUCGCCCAGAAGUACUUGGACGAUUAUAUGUGGGAAAACAAAGCUUGGGCUUUAUUGAUGGGUAUUCCCAAAGACGAGCUAAAUAAACUCGAACUGAAAAUUGUACUCGAUAAGGAAUUCAAAUUGUACAUCAGAGUCCAAGAAUACGAGCACUGGUUGAAACAAUUACGACACUACGUUCCUCUGUUACAUGCAUACAAGGGUCUGUCCGAGUGUGGACCUCCGUCACCAACCGAGACAUCACGAAUAUUUUCGACUUUGGAAUGUCGAUUUACUGCAUCCACAAAGAGUAACAAGAUGAUGUGUGUCGGAUCAGAGUCUACCAUAGCUCAAAGUCAAAAUUCUAAUGUAUGCAUUACGGUCGUGCGGCCAUACGCGACAAUCUCCAGCUUUAAAUUGUUGAGAGAUGAUGUAGAGAAGAAAAAAAAGGAACAGGUGUAUGUGGUUAGUACAGAACGUCGUUGUAUUCCAAUGGCUAUUUCCGAUGACUUACGUCGUAUCUGGGAUGUAACAUAUUAA